ACGACUUAGCUCUUUUGACAGAACACCCAUCCCCGUUUCCAUAGUAACUGUCGGUUACACGCUCUUGAAAGUUGAUUGGGACGAAAUGUUAUUGCUGAUUGGUUGUCCUAUAGCUCCUCCUUAAGGUUUUCGGUACUAUGGUAACCGGACGCUGAUUAGAGCGCUUUACCUGUUUAUCAAUGGGGAAAAAGACACUAAAGGACAAGACUGUAGGAGGCCUUGAAGAUGAUCCAAAUGCUACUGGGCUGCAGGAGCCAUUAACAUUCGAAAAGUACCAGUGCACCGGUGACCUGGAACAUGACUAUCCCAUGUUGUGUACUCUGAUGGGAUACAUUGAAUACCCAAAGUUGAUAUGUCGUCCGCCCACUCAAAUUACAUAUCCCCGAAGUCCAACAGCAUCUGAGAAAAACUUCAUAGACGAUUCAGAUGUUGCAUCUCAGAAAUCUGAACAAUCUCAUAUAUCAGACAAGCUAGAUAAAUCAGUGGAAGCUACUAAGACGGCACUUGAACUCAUCGAAGAAAGAUUUUCUUCUCUCAAACCCAAUAUCUAUGUGGAUUGGGAAACCAAAAAUGGAAGACUUGUCAGAAAAAUAUCUAUUAGAGGCUGGAAGAUAGAGGAGAAGAUGAUUUGUCUUUUGGCAAAAUGCCUUCCUCCUGUCGUUGAUCUCUACACACUAAGCCUGUGGAACGUGGGUUUAACAGAUGACACCUUUUCCUCUUUCCUGAGCAUCCUGCCACAAUGUCCAGAUCUUAAAGUUUUUUCACUGGAGGGAAAUCCAUUACAAGAACAGUCAUAUUACAAGCUGAUCUCUGCUGAUUUACCGCUUGCUUAUAUAUCACUGAGAAAUAACAACAUUAACGAUGAAGGAGCGCGGCUCAUUAGUCAGUCUCUUCAAAAUAUGGACAUAAAAAACAAGAGCCUCAUUUCCCUUGUACUGAGUUUCAAUCACAUCGGUAAUGUUGGAGCUAACUACAUUGCAGAGGCCUUAAGACUAAAUCGUUCACUGCUGGUUCUAAAUUUGUCAAACAAUCUGAUUGAGGACAAAGGUGCCCUGGCCUUAGCAGAGGUCGUGGGAUAUUUCGCUUUAACUCAUAAAGAGCUUGUGGAGAGGAGACGGAUGUUAAUGGAAAAGACAAUACAAGAAAUGCAAAAAUCGCCAGUCAAAUCACGGCGCAAAGACUCCAAAAGUGAGCGAUCACAAAGCCACCAAAGUAACAUGGUUAAUGACAAAGCACAAGCAAAACCAAGUAAGAGUUCCCAAAAGAAGAAAGACAAGGAGCAACAGAAAAAAGAAGACAAGUCAACAGCCAACAACCUGCCCAACAAAAAAGAGGACCCUAAAGCAAAGAAACAAACACCAAACACCGACCAAAAAAGUGUUCGUGCAAAAACGGUUAAAUCUGCAUCAAAAACUGCUCCAUUGCCAGAGCCAGAGCCCGAGCCUGUGACACCCAUUGAAAAUCUAAAUCCUUUACUGGAGAAUGCAGAAAGUAAGAACGGAAAAGUCUAUCUCAUGGGGAACAGAGUGCUGAUCAAUCUCAACCUAUUACGAAACAAAAUAACAGAAAUAGGUCUGAAAGGAUUCCUGAACUCGAUGGAGACCCAAAUGCAGGAGACAAAGUUAAUCCCUGGCACCAAGUUACCAACUGGGCUAUUACGCCUGUCUUUAAGGAAGAACAAUUUCCCAGUGGACUGUGCAACAUUUCUAAAACUUGAGCAGAUUAUGCAAUCCAGAGACCCACUGCGUCAAUCUGCACCGUCAGUAACAGAAGAGGAGGUGAAAGAAGUAUCGCUUCAUUGACUGGCAGCAAAAAAAAGUCUUCUACAUUGACGGAAUAUGCCUGAGAUUUUCAUGUGACCUGUAAACACUGUAAAAGUGUUAAAUUAAAAGUGAUAAUACCGACCAUAAUAAAAAUGAAUGACUUUUAUAAUACCAAUUUAUUAUGAAACAAUAAAAUACUUUAUCCUAAAAAAGGGAAAUCAAUCAAUAAAAUCAACCUCAUUCACAGUU